AAUCACUCUCCCCGAAAACCAACGAGGGCAGACCCCUAGGUCCCUCCAAGGUGGCUGCUUCAGAAGCCUCACGAAUCAGGAUCAGUUCUUGAAUGAGCGCAAGUUUCCGAAUCAAACUUUGUAUUGCCAAGGAUUUGAUACAACCAAAUGAUUACAUAGCAGGCCCGUUCUUAUAAGAGAGGUAGAAAUUAACGCCCCCAUCGUAAACCUUCUUAUCUUGUAACGAAUGCAAACAGACUAUUCGGCUGACGACGUCGCGGCAGCGAGGAGUUUACAAGUUUUUGCGUACAUAUAUCUGUCGAUAACGACAUUAUGGACCUAUGAUUAUGCUUGUUCGCUUCACGAAGAAUGGACAUUCCUGCUUGUGUCGCAUUGGACCAAGGUCAAAUACCUUUAUGUCGUUACGCGAUAUGUCCCCUUUCUCCUUCUCGCCACAAAUCUAUAUCUGAGCUUUACCCCGAACGAAACCCCAGGUACAUGCCGGGUGUUGGACAAUAUUUGCUCAGGUCUCGGCAUACUGUCAGCCGUUUGCUCCGAGGGAUUUUUCGUCCUCAGAACAUAUGCGCUCUGGAACAAUAAUAGAAUCUUGCUCGCAGUCAUGCUGUCCACCAUUUUUACUUUUGUCAUAGCAUCAAUCGGCAUUUCCUUUGCCACUACUGCCCCCGCACCAUUUGCGAUUAGCACGAUCCCGGGCAUCACAGGCUGCUACCAGAGCUCGAGUAGUCUCCGGCUCUUCAUACCGUUUCUUCUCCUGUCUGCGUUCGAACUGGGACUCUUGACCCUCACGCUCGUACGCGCCAUACAGACCUGGCGAAUAAACACAAGCCGUUUGUACAUUGUCCUCCUGAAACAUAACAUGUUUUAUUAUACAUGUGGCCUUUUGUUUUCGGUAGCGAACAUCUUCACAUCACUACUCCUUCAUUACGCAUACCACGCCAUAUUACAUGAUUUCCAGUUCAUCAUCCUUGCGAUCCUCGCCACGCGUAUGCACCGCCAUCUCUGGCAGAGGAAGCGGCGGACACAUGGCUCUGAUGCCCUCAUGCAUAUUCCCAUGUCCGACAUGUCACCUGCAGAUACGGCGUGAUGCCUGACCCUGUGGCUUAUUAGACGUUGUUCGUCGAGCGAGAUGUAUAUUGUAUGAGAUGACGGGUGGGUUUGGUAGGGUUCUCGACGUGCUUAUCUUAUAGGAUUACGUUUUCUGUCGCGGGGCGAGAGGGUCGUUUGGGUGGCCUUGAACUAUUUAACAUACAUGGGUGUCGAGUUUCCACCCCAGAAUGUCUGACAGCGAUGAGUAUUAUGCUG